AUGCGAGCCCUGAUUCUCUUAUUUGGUACCGCGAGCUUCCUCUUUGUGGAAUGGACGUUUUCUUUGCAAUUUCUAUUCCGCCGUCUUCCCGCUUCAAUGGAACCCUUCAGCACUGCUUCAUCCGUAGCAGGUCUUAUCAUAGCUGCAGGCAAGAUCUAUAGUCUCCUCGACUUCAUCUCUUCUGUCAAAAACUCCCCGACGACCAUUAGCGAUGCCAAGAACGAAGUCAAACAUGCCCAGUCGGCGCUGUGCUCCCUAAAACGAUAUCUGAACAACCUCGCCUCCCUCAAUCCCACGCGAACGGCCAUGAUCCAGGUUGAUGACUUGAGAGUUACCCUAAGUGAUGCUAUGAUGGCAUUCUCUGACUUUGAGACCCUUCUCCUCACUCUGGACAACAUUGCGCGGGUGAAAGCGUUUAUAGUAUGGCCCAAGUACGCAAAAGAUAUCGAGGAACGCAUGGCCAAGGUUCAAAGAUACAAGACCUCCCUAACCUUGAUGCUGAAUAUUCUGCAAAGUGACACUCAACUUGAGGCGUUGCAGUCUCAAAAACGCCUCGAGGCAUUGAUCGAAGGUGUUAUGCAUGAGAACAAAACACUGAGGCAUAUGAUGAAUGAAUCGCAAGACUCAUUUGAUGCUCAGAGCACCUUCACCAAGCGGCAAGAAGAUUACGGAUGGACAACCCGGACAAGAGCCAAUGAUGACGAUGACACCGAAACAAUUAGGGGGGUGGUCCGAGGACGCAUCGGAGAAAGUAUGGGAAGCGGCAGCCAGAAGGACGACUCUAAGAAAGGGCAUCAAUCCAGAAUGCUCAGACUACCCUUUGAGAGAAUUCUUGAGCAGUCAUGGGUGUAUAAACGAAACCGGCGCAACUCGUGCGACUGCUCAUUCAUCAGCUCCGCGGGACGAUCCCACACCUGGUCUGUUUUCUCAGGCUUUAGCUUGGCAGAUGUAUCUAUCCUGUCAGUCAUCGCCAUGCCUCUGACGACCAUGGACCUCGCGAAUAGGGAGCACUAUCAAGUUGAGGCUCAGAACGAGGGCUUGACGUGGCCUCCCAAGGAUUUUGACGAACAGAGCGGAUUCGACUCACCAUCGAGCUCUGAAACACCCGUUCUGCCGAGCCUCGGGAUCGAGGACUUGAGAUCGACUUGGAAUAUGGUCUCCGAAGAAGAGGAAGAACCAAAGGAUUGGAGGGAAUCCAAUUCUGGGGUGGAGGACGAGGAAGCCCCUGAAAGGGCACACACUCCCUUGUCCAACUCGGACACGCUGGGCGAAGACGACGAGAUAAGGAACUACAAUCCAGAAGGUGGUGUCGAGUACAACGAUGAUGAAUUAUGCCAAUGCACUGGCUGCCAAGGGCCGCUUGAGAAGACUGAAGCAUUUAGGCUGGGGGGCUUUCAUUGGCAUGGAAAUUGCUUCCGCUGUAGUCUGUGUGGCUGCAUUAUGGAACAGGACGGCAAACUCAUGAUUCAGGGAAAUGGGACUAUUACCUGCAAUGACUGUUCGCAGUAUUGCGCAGAUUGUGGCUGCAAGAUCGAGGACCUCGCCGUUGUCCUUGGACCUAAUACUGUUGUCUGCCCCUCAUGCUUCGUAUGUUUUGUCUGCAAGCAGCGAAUCAGAGAUCUCAAGUACGCCAGAAGCACCCGGGGCAGAGCUUGCAUGGCUUGUCAUGAGGCGAUGACAGCGAAGAAGGCUCGGAGGAAGGCCAUGCUGUUGCCGGCAGUUUAG